AUGGCUCUGUUUCAGCACAGCAUGUGAAAGGUGGCCAAACGCAGCAGACACAGGAGAGGGACAGGACAGAAAUAAUGGUGAAGAAAUAAAAAAGAAAAGGAAUAAAAAAUGACUUUCAGGUUUUUUUCUGGCAUCGCGGUCGUGCUCCUCAUCGAUACUUUGCUGAUGAAGGUUCAUGGAAAUGACCCCAACAGCACAAACGAAACAGAAGUCAAGUAUGCAAUCAUUGGUGCAGGGAUUGGGCUGUUCUUCUCUGUGAUAUUUGUUGUUGUAAAGCUCUACAUGCUUAAAAAGCACAUGCUUGAUAAUGACCUCUCAGAUACCGAACAAUCAAGAAAGCUAUCUGUAAGAACUGUUAUGGUGGACUUGAGGAAGGAUUCCAGGUGAAUUCAAACAGUUUGCAAGCAGUGAUAAAGAAAACGGUGAGAUCAUUUCCAUGAUGGGACUUUUCACCAGCUGUCCGCAGUGUAAAUGAACCCAGUGCUGUUGGUAUUGUGUUUAAUUUAGGACAUGAAUGAGAUGAAGACGCAAGAGACAAGUUUAAGCUCAUGGCCAUCAACAAAAUAUGA